AAAAACAUACAAAAUGGUUCACAUACACUCUCUAUUGAUACUUCUUAGUGUAGCUAUAUCAUCCUCUACCCCUUCCUUGGCCAACCACUGGCCAACAAUCCAUCGGAAGCCAAAACCGUCGCACCUUCGACACAAACAACCAAUAUUUCCAGUGGUGUCAAUGUUACCUCCUCCUAAACCAAUCCAUUGGACAACACCAAAGAGACAUGUUCCCAUGGCACCACCAAUGUAUAUGGUACCACCUAUCGACUCGCAAUCACCACCAUCACGAGUCUACACGUCACCACCAGAUUUUGAGGCUAGUCCACCACCAUCAAGAGACAUUCGCAUGUCACCACUUAUCAACUCACAACCACCAUCGUCGCAUGAUUAUACAUCACCACCAAAUUUUCAGGUUAGUCCAUCACCAUCACGAGAUGCUCCCAUAACACCACCAAUGUACAUAGUACCACCUAUCAACUCUCAAUUACCACCACCACCACCACCACAUGUUUACACAUCUACACCAAAUUUUGAGCUUAGUCCACCACCGACAAGACAUGGUCACGUGGCACCACCAACCUACAUGGUAACACCCAUCAACUCGCAACCACCCCCAUCACAUGCCUAUACACUACCACCAGAUUUUGAGGUUAGGCCACCACCAACAAGACCUACUCGCAUGGUGCCAUCCAACUACCAACCACCACCAUCAUAUGUCUACACACCACCCCCUGUAUUAGAAAAAAGUCCACCACCAACUCUUAUCUUCACAUCACCUCCAACAAAUGAAAUUCCAUCACCGCCAUCUUAUGGCAAUCAAGCACCAAUUAGAGAACUACCACCUUCACUUGAGCCUAUUGAUGAUCCACCUAUCGAUGACCAACCACCACAAACUCCAAUAGACACGCCACCCUCAAUUGAUCAACAACCACCUCUAUUGGAUCCUAUUGACUAUCCACCUAUAGAGGAUGAGCCAUCACAAACUACAACUGACAUGCCACCACCACCCACAAAUGAUGAUCAACCACCAAAAACUCCCAAUGAUGUGUCGCCACCAAGUGACGAUCAACCACCACAAACUCCCAUUGACAUGCCAUCACCAAGUGACGAUCAACCGCCAGAAACUCCUAUUGAAAUGCCAUUGCCAAGUGACGAUCAACCAUUGCCACAAACUCCUAUUGACAUGCCAUCACCAAGUGACGAUCAACCACCAGAAACUUCUAUUGACGUGCCAUUACCAGGUGAUGAUGAACCGCCAGAAACUCCUAUUGACGUGCCAUCAUCAGGUGAUGAUCAACCACCAGAAACUUAUAUUGACCUGCCAUCACCAGGUGAUGAUCAACCGUCAGAAGCUCCUAUUGACGUGCCAUCAACAGGUGACGAUCAACCGCCAGAAGCUUCAAUUGACAUGCCAUCACCAGAUGACGAUCAACCACCAGAAACUCCCAUUGACGUGCCAUCACCAGGUGACGAUCAACCGCCAGAAGCUCCCAUUGACAUGCCAUCACCAGGUGACGAUCAUCCGUCAAAAAAUCCCAUUGACGUGCCAUCAUCUGGUGACGAUCAACCACAAGAAAAACCCAUUGAUGUGCCAUCAUCAGGUGACGAUCAACCACCAGAAAAUUCCAUUGACGUGCCAUCUCCUGGUGAUGAUCAACCACUAGAUUCUCCCAUUGACCUUCCAUCACCAGGUGACGAUCAACCGCCAGAAACUCCCAUUGACCUGCCAUCACCAGGUGACGAUCAACCGCCAGAAACUCCUGUAGAUGUGCCAUCACCAAGUGAUGAACAACCACCAGAAACUCCUAUUGACAUGCCACCACUAAGUGAAGAUCAACCGCUAGAAACUCCUAUUGACUUGCCAUCACCAAGUGACGAUCAACCGCCAGAAAUUCCUAUUGACGUUCCACCACCAAGUGACGAUCAACCACCAGAAACUCCUAUUGACGUGCCACCACCAAGUGACGAUCAAGCGCCAGAAACUUCUAUUGACGUGCCACCACCAAGUGACGAUCAAGCGCCACAAGCUCUAGUUAACGUGUCACCACCAAGUGGCAAUCAACCGCCACAACUUCCCGUUGGCGUGCUACCACCAAAUGACGAUCAUCCACCACCAACUCCUGUAGGUGUCCCACCACCAAAUGACGGUCAACAGCCACAAACUCCCAUUGGCGUGCCAUCACCAAGUGACGAUCAAGCGCCACAAACUUCGGUUAACGUGCCACCACCAAGUGGCAAUCAACCGCCACAACUUCCCGUUGGCGUGCUACCACCAAAUGACGAUCAUCCACCACCAACUCCCGUAGGUGUGCCACCACCAAAUGACGAUCAACCGCCACAAACUCCCAUUGGCAUGCCAUCACCAAGUGACGAUCAAUCGCCAAAACCUCCUACGAACAUGUCAUCACCAAGUGACAAUCAACCAUUGCCAAAGGCUCCCAUUGAUAGGCCAUCACCAAGUGACAAUCAACCGCCGAAAACUCCCAUCCACUUGCCACCACCAAGUGAUGAUCAACCGCCGCAAACUCCCAUCGGUUUGCCACCACCUAGUUACGAUCAACCACCACCAAUUGAUGAUCAACCACCACAUACUCCAAUUGCCAUUCCCCCAAUUCACGAUCAACCACCACAAACUCCAAUCGACAUGCCACUACCAUUUGAAAAUCAACCCCCACAAACUCCUGUCAUGCCACCACCAAUUGAAAAUCAACCACCACAAACUCCUGUCAAUGUGCCACCGCCCAUGGAGUAUAAACCACCACAAACUUCGGUCGAUGUGCCACCACCCAAGGAAGAUCAACCGCCACAAAGUCCCAUCGGCUUGCCACCACCCAUCAAGGAUCAACCACCUGACAAUACGAGCUUUAUGCCACCGCCUGUUAAGAAGCAACCACCUGAAAAUCUUCCGCCAAGACCAAAACCACAUACGUGGAGACCAUUUGCACCUCACAGUCGUUACCCACAUUACCCUUCACACAGAUGGCAUCCACCUGGCACUGAUGGUGACUAGUCUGAUUAACUAAAUCUGUCAAGAUACUAAAGGUGUUUUUCUUCAUGCAUGUUCUAUUCAUGUUUCAAAUAGCCAUUGAUGUGCAUUGUGCAACAAAGAAGCAUGUUUAAGGCAUUGCAAGGUUUUGUUUCAUUGGCUAGCUAGUAGUGUAUGUGUUAACUUUAUCCUAAUCCAACAUCGUUGUGUGAUUAUUGGGAUAUCCUACAUUUCUUGUGUUAUUAUAUUGUAAUUGUAAUUACUAUGAUUUUAGUUUUACCUUUUGCCCGCUAACUCACAA